GACGUCAUGACCCGUUCCGACCGUCCCCAUGGGGUCCCAGUUCGCCGGAAACACCGUGAGGCCAGCGUCCUGUCCUGGCUUCGCGUGUUCAUUGCGGCAUGUCGCGUGAAUGUCGAGAAAGACUACCGCGAACCAAGAGACUACGACGUCGACAACUUCCCCGACAACGCCCCCUGUGAGCAGCUACACGGGUUUCAGUACUUGCAAAACCGCGAUGGGAUCUGGCGCAACUCGACCACAGCCGUGUACGGCUACGAACCUGCGUCGAAGUGUCCCCAGUAUAGCAAUUCGGAGAACAUCUAUUGCGACAUGGAUAUCGACCCCCGCCGACCAGAAGGCGUCUGCGUGACAAAGACGAAGUUCUUCUGCCUUGAAACACCGCCUGUGGACUUUGAUAGGGGCAAUCCCUACGUGGAGGCGAAAGGGGGCGGGGCCACUGUCAUCCAGGGUCCUAUACAAAAGGGGCUGCACGGGGAUAGACGUUCCAUAUGCAUGUCGCUGGAAGAGGGCCUCGAUAUCCUUAGACUGCCGCUUGGUCAUGCUGGUUCCUGCAGAGCAUGUCGUCGAAAUCUGUAUCAUAUGAGGCAAGGAACCACUGAGCUACAACUCGACGCUGAACAUGUAUUUUCACCAGGAAGCCUACGUCAUUUCUAGUGGUGACAGCGAGGGGGCGCUCCCGACGUUAGAGGACGUCGUCAGCAAAGGGUCAUUUAGAAAAACUUAAACGUCAAAUUAAAUCGACAGUCAUUAAUUUUCUUGUAUUGAAUAAUAGUAUUGCAAAAACAGUUGUCAAAAUAGACUUGAUGUUCUUAACUGACCCUUUUACAGGUUUUAUAAUCAAAAGCUGUAAGUGAGAGUUGAGUUCUGUUUUAAAGUCUCUUUAACGCUCAAAAUCUUCGAAACUUUCGUUAAGUAUUUCGUAAAAUAAAGUUAAC